CUUGGCAGCUCCAGACCAUUCGUUGGUUUCCCUCGAAACCCAGGAGAGGGCAAAGAAGGCAGAAAUUUUUAUUGACGGUGACUAUAGGAUAUACCUGCGUUGUCCAAGUUGCAAGUUGUGUUUCCAUGCUGACUGCGCUGAUUACGAACUGGAGUUGCAUGUAACGGGGGAAGUAAAAGGAACUUUUUGCACCCCCUGCGCUACAAAAGGAGCAUACGAUGGCUGAUCCUGGACCAAUGAUGUUGGAACUUUCACAAAUAGAAAGCUCAGGAGAAUACAGAGUUGUAUUCAAACUAACGGGAAAUGUCACAAAAGAAACAACAUGUAGCAAGGAAACAGGAGACCUACUCCUUAAUACCAACACAGAUCAUGCUGCCAAAUCUAUCAUUACAAGAAGUCUUCUAAAAAAGGCAGCAAAUCCUUCAGAUUUCUCAAGUAAAGGAUCUGACCAGAACAUAGACACUGAAGAUGACUUUCCUCAACCUGAUGCACUUGAAGAGGACCCAACAGCCACUGCUGCUAUAAAGUUCAUUUGGUCCAGACAAUCGACAUCGAUACUACUUGAUCAGGUCAAAGAGAAAGACCAGCUAGUAAGAGCCGGAAAAAUGACGAAGAAGAGAAUGUACCAGGAAAUUAGAGAUACACUCAAUACAAAAAUGCAGCUGUGUUUAACUGAGGAACAGGUAUCUAACCGGCACAAAUCAAUAUUGAGGGGAUAUAAAAAUGUCAAGGACAACAACAGGACAGGGGCAGCACGUAAAACCCAUCCUUAUCAGGAGGAGCUUGAAGAAAUGAUGGGACAUGAUCCUAAUAUCACCCCAUCUUGUACAAUAUCUUCAGUAGAUGAAUCUGCCUCAAAGGAAGAAGAAGCCCCAAAGAAAAAAAAGUAGCAACAUUAAAUCUUCUAUGGACGAGAUAAAACAAUUAAUAAAUGAAGAAUCAGAGAAAAAUUAUAAGAAAAUUGGAACAAUUGUUGAUUCAAUGCAACAAAUGCACAAAGAAAAGAUGAAUAUGUUCAGGGAAAUGUUUUGCAAACAGAUUUUCAAACUUCCUGACCUCAGUGACCUUAAUGAUGACUUGUGAACUAAACUGAAAUACAAAUGGAGAAACAUACAAAUGAGUUAAUGCAUAUAAACAUUGCUUACUAUGACUUUUACUUGAUUUGAAGGAGCUGACGGGUUGUU